UCUAACCGACAACCGUUUACACAAGUGGCGGUGGCGUAUCGCGUAUGACGACAUCAUUUUCGCUGUAAGGUCGCAUGCAGACGGUUCACGCGCCCGAAUUUAUAAUCGAUAUAUUUCAUCUGUCAAUUCCGUAGAGAUUUUCCCGAACGGAGGAAAUAACGGAAAAACACGUAGAAACAAACGAAAAAAAAUCAUCCGUUUCGCUAUUCACCACGAUCAAUAUUCUACGAUUAAAAAAAAAAAAAUAUGUGUUUAUUUCGCUGCUAACGACAAUAAUAAUCACAUUAUUAUCGUCACACGUCCUCUGUAUGUUAGCUGCUGUUUACGCGUCGCGAACGGUCGUCGUGGCCACUAUUACAGUGAAUCCUUUUUUAAUCUAGUCCGCAGCGCUCGUAUCCACGCACACUAUCACCGUACACAUAGAGCGUGUGUCAAUACAAUAUUAUAAAUCACUAUUUUUUCUAUUCAUUUAUUCUACGCCUAGUGUGAACACGAAUCUAUUUUCCUCCUCAAAUUUUGUCGGAUAUCCUAUAGUGUUCGACCAUUAUGAGUCUCUCGGAUUCGGGAUGGAAUACGUAUGAUGCUCCGGGGUUGAAUCGUUGGCAAAAUAACGCCAAUGGCUCAACUGUAUCUAAAAUGCAACACAAGUACUGGGUAACUAAACAGCAAGUAUGUAAGAAAUUGGGAAAAAAGGACGACGAAUUCAUAGUAGCUUCGGACGCUGAACUUGACGCCAAACUAGAAUUAUUUAAGUCUAUAAGGGGCAGUUGUCAACAUUUGCAAAGGAUUGUCAAUAAAUACGAUGAAAAAAUUUAUAACUUAGCAUAUGAAGAAAAUCAAAUGGGCCUAUUUUUAAAACGAUCUGGAAACAAAGAUCAAACCAAAGCUGGUGAAAUGAUGCAAAUUUUGGGAAGUUGUAUGGCACAGUCAGGACAAGAGAGAAUUGGUUUACGUACGCCAUUAGCUAGGUUACAUCAGGAAAUAGAAACAUUUUGUUUAAGAGCUGUAGAAGAUACACAGGGCGAUGUGAAACGUAUGGAAAAUGCUCGUACAGAUUACAGGGCUGCGCUUAAUUGGAUGAAAGACAUUUCUCAAGAAUUGGAUCCGGACACCAAUUCACAGUUAGACAAAUUUAAAAACGUGCAGACCAAAGUAAAAAAGUCUAAACAGCAGUUCGAUCAUCAAAAAUUGAUUUGCUUACAAAAAGUCGACCUGCUCGCCGCUGCGCGUUGCAAUAUGUUUUCACACGUCCUUAUUUUCUAUCAACAAAGUUUACAGCGAUUUGCCGAAUCUGUUGCAGCGUCGUUUGAACACGCGACUAAAGAUUUUAGACAGUACCAACAUUACGAUUUCAAGAUGAUUAAAGAGUUGCGAACGGAAUCUGUAAAAACUACGACCAAGACCGACGACAACACCAAAGAUUCAAGUUCGUAUACGGAAUUGGGCAUUGAAGCAACUUGCGACCAAGUCGAAGAAACAAACGAAUCACCUUUGCUUUCGUUGUUCGACGGAAGUGACAAUUUUGGAAAUUUCUUAUCAAAUCCUUUUGAAAGUAAUCAAGAAGAAAAGGACUCAGAAAUUAAAUCAUACGGAACAGGAGAUGAAUUUUUACCGUCCCAAUUAUUGUCGGACUUGUUAUCCGGGUCAACUGGGUCAAGUGCAACCGUUAAUACAAGUACUACGAGUACUACUAAAAAGUCGACCAGUUCUUCAAACUGGGCAGAUAUCUUUGCUGAUCUUGAUCCACUGAACGAUCCCAGAUUGUCUUCAAAACUAGAUCCAUUAGAUCUACUUUGAAAUAUUUUAAUUUUUAAAAAUAUUACUGUUUUUCUGUUAAUGAAUUUUACGUAAAAAAAGAAGUGAAUUGUAUUUUAUUUACAUAAUAU